AAUCACCACGGCUGCCACUCUGCCAAUAGCAUAGCUGCUCUUGGCUGAGUGCAAGCUAUGGACAGCUGCUGGGCAGAGAGCUUCCUGUUCCAGCCUCACACACACCUCUGGAAGUGAGCACUGUUAUCAUGCUGGGUCUUCAGAGGAGGAAACCUAGGCCCCACAGGAAGCAACUUGCCUGGAUCUUGCCAAGUUGUCCGGGCCAGUCUCCAACUUCCCACCCUCCUGCCUCAGCCUCCCAGAGGGCUAGGCAGGGAUGACAGGCCUGCCCCACCUCACCCCCACACUGGCUUCUUAUCUCAGCUCUGCCACUCAGCAGCCGCCAGCCUUUAGUACGCUGUGAAUCUCUGCGUGCCUCGGUUUCCUCCCCGGGACAGUGGGAUCCUCCUAUGGGAAGCGUUAGUGUCCGCCUCACUGCCCAGGAGGAAUGAGCUGCCCAGGGGGCUACCCCGCCCCAGCUCCAGCCCGGGAGGCCCCCACCCGCGGUCCCUGCCACCCCGCUGGGAAGCUGGAAUCCCCGCCCCGCCCCAGGCCUGACCAACGGGGUGGCAGCAAUGUCCCCUCCCGCUCCCCCGCAAUCCACGCAAUCUCUCAGUCGCGCUGAGUAACGCGGCUGCCAGAGGAGCGAGUAACAGGGCCGCCUGUGCCUCGGGCCGGCAUCCGCAUGGCCCACGCCGCGCUGUCGGUGCUGUCGCUGCUGUGGCUGCUGUCGCUCUCCUCGGUGCCCCCCGGAGCCGGAACCGGAACCGUGAGUGUGCAGGUGCUUCCCGAGGUGCGCGGCCUCUUGGGCGAGUCGGUGACGCUGCCCUGUCAGCUGCAGUCCCUGGAGCUGGGCACAAAUGUGACCCAGCAGACCUGGGAGCACCGGGAACUGGCAGGGCCCGUCCACACCGUGGCCGUCUUCCACCCUACGCGGGGCCCCAACGUCCAGGAUCCCCAGCGGGUGAACUUCGCGAAUACCAAGCUCGGCGCGGACCUGAGAAACGCCAGCCUGACGGUGUCGGAGCUGCGCGCCCAGGACGAAGGCACCUACACGUGCCGGAUCGCCACAUUCCCGCAGGGCACAGCCAGCAACAGCACCCGACUGCGCGUGCUCGCCUCUCCCCGGAGCACUGUGGAGCUGCAGGAGGUGACUCCCGACCUGAUCUCCGGGAAGCCGGUGCCCGUGGCCCUCUGCGUCUCCUCGGGGGGCCGCCCACCCGCCCGGGUCUCCUGGUCUUUCGAUGACUCAGACUUGAAUGGAACGUUCAUUGAGAGCCAGAAACCUGGGCCCCUGCCAGGCACGGUCACCAUCACCAGCGUCUUUAUUGUGGUGCCCUCAAGCCGCGUGGACGGCAAGAAGGUCACGUGCAGAGUGGAGCAUGAGACUCUGGUGGAGCCGGAAGUGCUGCCUGUCAACCUCUCCAUGCCCUACCCCCCUGAGGUGUCCAUCUCCGGCUAUGAUGACAACUGGUACCUCGGCCGCAAGGAGGUCUCCCUGAACUGUGAUGUCCAAAGCAACCCAGAGCCCCAGGACGUGGUCUGGAAAACGACCACGGGAACCCUGCCACUCUCUGCUGAGCCCCAGAUCAGGCGGCUCCUGAUCCACACUGUCGAUGAGUCCAUCAACACCACUUUUGUUUGCCUUGUCACCAACAACGUAGGGACUGGCUGGGGGGAGCUGCCGGUGCUGCUCAAAGAGCCACCACCUGGGGAAAAGUCAGGCCACACCACAGGCAUCAUAAUCGGGGUGCUGGUGCCUGUUUCUGUAGUGGUCAUCUUGCUUUGCUGCUGGUGCUACAGACGCUGUGGACGGCGCCCAUCCUGCUCCUCGGCGAAUGGGGUGAACAGGGUCAUCUAUUCUGCAGUGGAAGCCCAGAUCAGCUCCCGGGAGGACACCCCAACAGAGGGCACAAGGUGACAAUGGGGACUGGCUGGACCCCGCCGCGAUGGCUGAAGGUGCCUGCAAAGGGAUGAAGGGCCACCUGCCCCCUCAGGCCUCAAGAUAUGACUAUCUCCCAGGGCAGUGGGGGCACACGUUCCACUAAGGACUCACCGAGCUCAGAAAUACCAUCCACCCAUGGGUAUUGUGGGUCACAGGGAAAGGAUGGGGUUAAAGUCAGCCAAAAAAGAAGCCACACGGGGCAGAGUCUGGAGGGGACCAGUGCCUGUCCCUGAGAAGCCACAGGAACACCACAACUCCGAGCAGACACCCGCAGCACGCAGGAGGCAUCGGCAGCGAGGGAAGCUCACAGACCUUCAUGGCCAGGCUCUGUGUUGGGGCCAGCACUGAGGCUCAGCUUGGCCCCGGGCCCGCCAGCAUGGACACCCUAGUGUGGGAACCAGAGUAACCCAGGUCCCCAGGUAAACUGUCCAGCAGGCUGUGCAAGGGCUUCGAGGUGACCUCCCAGGCACAGGGACAAAAGGCCAGGUCUCCCCGGGGGCAGGGCUAACCCUUUACUGCACAGUGGCCCCAGCGCUGAACCUUCCUGCUGCAGAGAUGUUUGGCCUCUGGCAUUGAACUUCCAAAUCACUAUCUCAGUCUUGUCCCUGGAGUUACGAGGAACAGAGGUUGGAACCCAGGCCCCAGGCAGCUGCCCAGGUGAUUGGAACAACUGGUGGAUGGAAGUGAACUCCCAGGUGGGGGUCCAUCAGCUCCAGCAACCUUCGCCAGUGCCCCUGCAGCCACAAAACUCUACAAGGUAGAGCUGCUCAGAUGCUGCCGAUAAUAAGGACUUGCUUCGGAGACAGAAGAGAGAGGGCACAACAGAGAAGGGUGGGGACAGCAGGAGGGCAGGGAUGGGAACCUACAGAGGGACAAGGCCAGGGGGGUGCUGCAGGGCCAAGGAGAUGGGGAGAGAUUGGUGGGUUUUCUAAGUGAUUCUCUGGCUGCCCCAGCAUCUCAUUAAAACCUAUUUAUUUAUUUA